GCAUGUCAGUGAUAGUCGAGAGGUUAACAUCAAAGUAUGUACAUAAACACAUUGAUCGUCGGAUGACUUUACUUGUGAGCGAUACAAAUGAAAUAAUUGUCAAUCGACGAACGAGUGAAAUUUUGUUCUAAAAAUACGGCACGAAUACUUUCGAGCAAAAGAAAUAACGAUAAACGAAACAAAGCAUUUUUCGCCUUGAAGAUGAUCCGUUUUGAAUGCGACAUGUUUAUUAAAUAACACUUGUGGUUUCGUCCUCGCAAAUGUAGAACCGGUUUCACUUCUGAAAAACCCAGAUGGAUCAUUUCGCGAGGUCGAUGAGUAUCGUGGCGCAAACAAAAAGUUUAUUAACUGCAUUACAAUUUGUUUCAUCUGCGAUUAAUUUUUUGUUUUUCCUCUCGUAGACAAUGAAACACGUGAUUAAUACGUGAUUUGCAUAAAUUUUUAUACUUCAGGCGUUGCCAGUGAGAUACAUAGUGUAUUCGUUAUUAGGAAACGUUUGUUUACUUAAGUGUAUAAUAAAAGUCUCGAGAAAAACCUCUUAUCGCACACUGGCACAUAUCGUGAAGAAAAGUUCUGAUAUGUACACACGUUGACAAAAAAAGAAUGCAGUGUCUCAUACAGUGCAUAACAUGCGUAUAAACGAAUACUGGAUGAUAGAGUGAAGAUACGGUGGACAUCUUCAUCGAUUGCUCUGUUCCUCUUUGCAUUGGCACGAUACAAGGAAUUAAACUACGUACGAUUCGACAAGGAUUUUGGACAAAAAUGCCAAUAUUUUCGGAAAUAUCGCGUCGGUUUCAUAUGCUAACGACUGAUGUGAUACCUGAUCCUCCGCGAAAAGAACCCACAAGCUACACACAUAAUUUAGAACCGGAUGAUCGCAACACCAAAACUAAGACCAAAUCGAACCCAACGCCUCAAUUUGAACAAAAUGAUGUGACGUCGACGGAGGAAAGCAAAUCUUUGUCGAAUAACGCGAUACCAACAAAUACUUGUUCCUCUAAAACAGAACAAGACUUCAACGAUACAAAAUCCUCCUCAACCGACGAGAAACAGCAUAAGAAGCCAAACGUGAAAACAAAAACGAAAUCAAAACAAUCGAAGUAUCCACAAGGGGCAAACGUUGUGAAUUACAAUAUAAUUAAUUCGAAUGGAGUGAAAAUUGGCGCGAGAACUAGUUACAUUUGUAACGUUAAUCAAUUUCCAACCGAAUCAACAAAAUCAUGGUCGAAAUCGAAGAUACGAGAGAUGUCUGUGGAGGUGGAACGAUUAAGUGCUUGUACUAAGGAAAUUACAUUGGAUGAUAUAUUUAUUAUUAAAACUCAUAUUGGACACGGUUGGAGAGACGUUGCCAGGAGGCUAUUAUAUUCGGAUGGUCAAAUCGAACAAUUCGAAGAAAAUUAUAGAUUCAGAGGAAUAAGUAGUUUAUCAAAUAUUUCUUGAUUGGAAACAAGCUAACACGACGGAUGCAAAACUCGGAAGUCUGAUUAAAGAAUUGUGGACUUGCCAAGAAUACGACUGUGCAGAACGGUUAGCCUUUGCUCAUAUGGGUUCAGCUUGAAUCUUUUAUCUAUAUAUACAUAUAUGCUACAAAACCAUAUGGAAAUCAUAUGUUACUCGACGAUAUUGUAUUCGAAAAACGUGUCUACGUUUGUUUUACUAAUAUAGAACUGUUAUACAUAAUAUAAUGGCAUGUUCCAGUAAUACAUAACUUAAAAAACUAAUGCAAUAAUUAUGUAAAUACAUUUUUAUCUUUUUAUAUUUAUAAUUCGUGUUACAUUCAAAAUUUAUUUACUACAUAGUUUUAUUCUAAUAUAUACAAUUUCGUUUCUUAACAGUCCAAUUCCAAUCAGUCUUACAGCUAAUGUCUACAUGUAAGUACAUUUACAUAGAUAUACAAUUAAAGUUUGCUUUCAAUUAAUAUUAUGCAAUACUCUUUUUAUUACAUAUGUACAAUGAUUUAAUGUAAAAAAAUUAAAAAAUUACCGGUACAUUA